AUUGUGCAAAUUUACAAUAUACGAACAUUGGCAUUAGGCUACAAUGUAUUGUUGGAUUAUUGACCUAUUGAGGACUCAGUUGGGGUUUACUCCGCUAACGUACUUCCACUGUAUUAAAGUACGUGUAUUAAGGACACGCAGAUAGAGACAUUCUCCCCUAUGAAACCACGUAUUUCUUCCGAUUUCCAGUCUAUGUCGGACAUGGCGAGAGAGAGAGAAAUUUUAAUACAUAAUCAACACAAAUGAGUAAACGUAUAAAAUCAAUUAUUUUGUGGGUCAAUCUGCCAAAUCGACAAAGAUCAUCAGGGCCCCGACCCGUUACGUUUCCCUGUCAAAGUUGACGAUAAGAAACUAUUAUGUAGUACUUAUAAAAAUAAAUAAAGAAAAAAAUGCGUCGAAAAAAAUUCAACAGGCAGAAAAAGGUAAAUUACCGAGACCACGUUUGCGAACCCCAGAAAACUAGGGACAUCAUUUUAUUAAACUAUUAACUCUUGAAGACAAAAAUUAUAGUUACACAGAUCCGGCGUCAAAAAGAUGUUGAAGGACACUCGGGUUCAAAUAUUCAUUUCAUAUUUGAUCAUAGCAGAAAGACCAACUGUCAUGCAAUGUAUUAUAUGAAAGUGGUUUGCAGCAUGGGAUAUUUCUAUUUUCCAUACCUAUUGGAGCUGAUUGUUUUUAUUGGCAGUGGUGGAGUUUUUACUGCAUUGACGAUUAGAAACCAGUAUGUAUACAAUGUGAUUGCUCAGAUGCACAACUACACCUCCAAUAAUUCAUUAGAUUAUUGUGCAGCGGACGAUAAUACUUCUUCUGUGGAGGAUGACAUAGUUGCUGCUGAGGCAUCAAGAUGGCAGAUAUAUAUUAAUGUUGCAUGUGGUGUUCCAUCUGUAUUUGCUGCUAUCAUUUUGACAUCAUGGAGUGAUAAAGUUGGAAGAAAAAUUCCACUUGCGCUAACAUUAUUUGGUUUCACAAUUUCACACACACUUCAACUUGUUGUGAUCUUAUUAAGUUGGCCAUUGUAUAUGCUGGUAGUCAGUUCCCUGUUAUACGGCAUUUUUGGUGGUUUUGUGGGAAUGUUAAAUAUCUGUAUGGCUGCAAUUAGUGAUAUCACAACAAAGGAGCAAAGGGUUGCAAGAUAUACUCUUCUUGAAUGCAGUAUGGGCCUUGGUGGAGGUUUAAUCAGUUUUGUUUGUGGAUUUUGGAUAACUGCAGAUGGAUUCAUACCUAGUUCAUAUUUAUCGGCUAGUGUCUCGUUAAUCUCAUUUUUGCUGGUUGGAUUUUUGCCAAGUAAAACAUUGAAGGUGGAACAACAGCAACAAAUCAAUGGAGGCGCAGUGAAUAAGAUUAAGACAAAUAUAAAUGACAAUAUGUCUAAGGCACAAAUUCAUCAAUCUUCCAGUUUUGCCCGUUUCAAGUUAAUCAAGCAGGUUUAUACUUCAGAACACAGUAUUUGCAACAUAUGUGACAGCGAAUUCAGAAAAGAUCAAAUUAACUUAUGCUCACAUGGUGGUGGACUUAGGAAAGGUAGAGUUUGGCGAAUGUGGUUCUACUUGCUGGCAUUCAAUUUAUAUCUUUUUCCUGUAUUUGGAACUGGUAUAUUUGACACUAUGUAUUAUUUAUCCUAUCCUCUGUGCUUUUCACCCACAUUAAUUGGAAUCAGAAUGGCUUUGUCAUUCGGUUCAGUUGCACUAGCUCCUGGUCUUGUUCUUUUUUAUAAGCGAGUACUCCGGUUAUCAAAUGUAACUAUUAUACUGCAAGGCAUAGUUGCUCUGAUUGGAAUCGAUCUAAUGAUAUCAUUUGCAAAACAACAAUAUGUGGUGUUUAUAGCAUCCAGUUUUACUAUUUUUAUGCAAGUGACCGCUCCUGUGCUGCGUACUCAGAUUUCAUCUCUUGCAUCUAUAUCUGAGCAAGGUGCAGCUCUCAGCCUCAUUUCUGGAACUGAAAACUUUUCCAAUAUGUUAUCCAAUGUUGCUUAUUUGUUGUUAUAUCCAGCUACAUUACCAAUAUAUCAUGGUUUUAUGUGGUGCUUAUCAUGUGCAAUUCUGUUAAUACCAUUGACAAUGAUCACUAUUGUUUGGAUAGCAGACAAGAAAAAACUUAAGGCAUCAUUUUCAGCAACUGAAGAAGAUCAUUCCCCCUUGAUUGAUGUUGACUAAAAAAUACUAAACUAAUCUGAAGUAGUACAUUUAUGGCUCAUGAUACUCUUUAAUAUCUUAUAUCACUGCAUUCAGUAUAACCAAUAAUAAUACAUAGUACAUAAAUGUGUUUUUUUCAUCAUUUUUCCAGUACACGAAUAUGUUUUUUUCAUCAUUUUGUUAUAUGAAUUUAAAUUUUAACUGCUUGGCAUCUUUCUAUUGACGUGUGAAAAAAAAUAUGCAUCUUGAAUUGUUUUACAUCAGUUGCACUAAUCAUAGUUUAGAAUGGAUAAUCUAAGCUGGGACACAUCUUUUUAGUUUGUCGGCUGUAUUUCACUGUGCAAGCAUACAGCAUUCCUUCAGUAAACUUAUUAUUCUAUUUUCUUUUGAUAUAGCAGAACUGCCAAGCAGUUUUUUUUGCUCAGCAUAGUCUUAACGUUCAGUUUAAUUUCAAAUAUAUUUUCAUCGUUUAUCUACUGCUGGAUUUUGAAUUAUAAAAAUAAGAAAAAUAUAUUGAUAUCAGAAGGUUAUAUUUUGUCAUUAGGCUGUUUUGUUAAUAGCAGGUUAAACUGAAAUAUCAUUGUAAGAAAUUUUCGCACAAGAUCGGCCAUUUUCCAUAUUACUAUCUCAUUAACCAUAGAACAAAUAUGCUUAAUUCUUUUCUUUGGAGUUUCCGAGUAUGAUUGUUAAUAUUUGACAAGUUUUGCUGCUUGUUUAUAGUGGUGGCAUAUCAUUAUAACACACAGAUUGUGUGGUAUAUUUUAUUAUCAUUUUAUGUAAAUUGUGCACUUAUUCAGAUAUUUUUUUUUGUAUUAUUGAUUUUUCUCCAAUGACCUAUUAUUAUGCUUAAUUUUCAAUAAGAUGUUUGAUAUGAUUUUGUGCCAAAUUGAUAACAAAUUUCCAUCUUGUAGAUUGGAGAUGACUUUCUUAAUUUUUUUCUCACUUCAUCUUCAACGAUUUUUUCAAUUCACCAAACAAACACUUAUUGAUUUAAACUAGACCCAUCUACAUAGUCCUCCUAUUAGCCUUUGAUUAUUCUUUUUUGUCAUUAACCUAUGAAUUUUCAAAAAUUCUACCAAUGUUGUUAGACUAUAUUUAUAUUUGGCACUGUAUUGGUACAGUAUUCAGUUUUCCUUUGUAGAUGCUUAUGUACAUUCAGGCGAAUAUGAUCAUCUAUUUCCUUAGUAUGGUACAGCGACAUUUUGAAAUACUGUGAGAUGAAAAUAAACCUCAUGAAAAUGAAUUAUGAAA